GAGGAAGAAGAAGAGGAACAGCAGCAGCAAGAGCCUUCGGCAACUGAUGGAGACCCUAAGGCGGAUGGAGCUGGAGACAAAGUCCCCGAGGAAGAGCUACCCUCUCCAGAAGCCGUGCCAGAAAGCUCAGCCAGUCACCCCUGCGAGCAGUGCCCAGCCAAGUUCUCUAGUGCUGACCUCCUCAAUGCCCACCAUGUUAGUCACAUGCCGGCGGCCGGUCCUUCAUCAGCUACCAUCACCACCAUCGGACCCCCCCAACAACUCCUGGACUUGCCCCCCUUGCUGUUUGGCGAGCGCACACCUCACCCCGAUCCCUCCCGUGCGCAGAAGCGGAAACACGAGGACGGGAGCUUGUCGCCCACUGGCAGCGAAUGCGCCAGCAUGGCAGGAGGGGACAGCGAGCCCCCGCGGGACAAGCGCCUGCGCACCACCAUCUUGCCCGAGCAGCUGGAGAUUCUAUAUCGCUGGUACAUGCAGGACUCCAAUCCGACCCGGAAGAUGCUCGACUGCAUCUCGGAAGAAGUGGGGCUUAAAAAGAGGGUCGUCCAGGUGUGGUUCCAGAACACGAGAGCCCGGGAGAGGAAGGGCCAGUUCCGCUGCAACACCAGUGCUGCCGUUCCAACCACCAAGCCCUCAACGGCACUCCCUACCGCCUUCCCAAAGUUCAACCCUCCACCGCGAGACCCGCCCAUCCUUUUUGGAGCUGCCUUCGCUCCCAGCCUCCCUGCGGUCCCUGCCCAGCCGCCACCGCCAAGCAAGCUGGAAGUUCCUGUGGAUUCACAAACACAGGACGAAGCAUUCGAAGAAGAGGUGCCCAAGGAGAACGAAGACAGAAGCUUGUCAGGAGGGGAACUGAGCGAUUCGUCAUCCUCGUCCUCUUCUCUGGCUGACCUGGAUUCCCCGGGCAGCCGACGGAGUCGAGCGAUGGAGGGUGGUCCUGGAGGCAUCCAUGACCCCCUGGGUCAGCGCCGGUACCGCACCCAGAUGUCCAGCCUUCAACUUAAAAUCAUGAAGGCUUGCUACGAGGCCUACCGGACACCCACCAUGCAAGAGUGCGAGCUGUUAGGCGAAGAAAUCGGGCUGCCCAAGCGAGUGAUUCAGGUGUGGUUCCAGAACGCCAGGGCCAAAGAGAAAAAGGCCAAGGCGGCCUCGGGCAGUACCAGCGGGGGCGACGAAGGGCCUCCCAGCACGCACACUCAGUCAGAAUGCCCCUACUGCAAAGUCAAGUAUGAUUUCUACGUGUCCUGCCGUGGGCACCUCUUCUCCCGUGGCCACCUGGCCCGACUCAAAGAGGCCAUCAAGGCGCAGCUCAAGAGUGAGAGCAA